AAGCAAUGACGCCUUGAUGAGUUCCCGGGCCGAAGCCUAUCGGCGCAGGGAUACGUUGCGCAUAGGGAAUGGCAGAUCCUAGACUUGUUUCCUCGCAAUUCCCAUCACCAAAGUCCGGCAACACUACAAUGAAUGCAACUCUCACUUCCUCUCGUCUAAGGUGAUGGAUCCACUUUCGAUUCUCGCGGGAACUACUGGGCUGCUGGAUGUUUCUUUUCGGGUGAUUUCAUACCUGAAAGACCUCGAGGAAUCGGCAGGGAAAGUUGAGGACGAGAUCGCAGCCUUAUCCCAAGAAAUCAGUGCUUUAAUCACCGUCAACGAUGCCAUUGAAGCACUGUGGCUUGCUAAUCAUGAUACUGCUCCAGGAUCUCCCUUCCAAGAUACGACUGAUGUCGAGGAUUUGUGGAAGAGGCUGGCUGGCCUCUUGCGCGAUUGUCGAGACACUGCGCAGAAGUUGGAAGCACUGCUAAAAGAGGUAAUGGGUAAAAAGGGUCCCAAGGUGUCUGGGAAAUGGGAUGGUAUUAGAAAGCAACUGCGCAAGGACUCAAAAGAGAAGGAGUGGACAGACGUUCGUCAUCGUCUUUCGAGCUAUCAGGCUGGAUUGCAAAUGCUGCUGAGCGCUCUCAGUGUUGUCUACACUCGUAACUCUUCGUCAUCCACACAACAUGUUGCUGGCAGUCUAGACAGGAUACAAAGACAAAGCUCAACACUUCAAUAUCAAAUGGAGUUUCUUCGCCAUAAAUUAAAUGCCCUCAACUCCUCUGAUAGCGACAAACUUCGCAACUCCAUCAAUUCUGCUCAGGCUGUAGCAUCACUGCUAUCACUCAACCAAUGCUUCGAUAUACCUCAGACUGUUAGCAGCAUAUUUACGGGUCGAGACCUCCUGUUGAAAGAACUUAAACACAUGCUCGAUGUUGCCACACCGCAGCAUCAGAGCCAUUCUCAAAAACGGUUCGUAAUUUAUGGCCUUGGCGGGUCGGGCAAGACCCAAUUCUGCUGCAAGUUUGCUCAGGACAACAGAGAAUAUUUUUGGGGAGUAUUUUGGAUCGAUGGCAGUUCCUAUGAGAAUGCAAGACACACAUUCUCCAAAAUUGCGACUAUGGGAGGAGCGGAUCCGAAUGAGAAUGCAGCGAAGAGCUGGCUUUCCUCCCAACAACAACCCUGGCUUCUACUCAUCGAUAAUGCGGAUGAUCCAGACAUAGACGUCACCCGCUAUUUUCCCGGUGGCGAGCGAGGUGUUAUACUGAUGACGACUCGCAAUCCUUCAAAUAAAGUGCAUGGUACUGUCGGGUCGCGUUUCUGGCAUUUUGAGAAACUGGAAACGGACGAGGCCAGCGAUCUACUUCUGAAAGCCGCCGAUCUACCCGGUCCGUGGGAACUGCAAACAAGGACUUCAGCGGCGCGCAUAGCGGACGCCUUGGGUUACUUGCCUCUUGCUCUUAUACAUGCGGGUAAAGCUAUCAUGGAUGGUCUAUGCUCGCUGGCUAAUUACCUGGACUUUUAUGGGCGAACGUGGAAGCGCAUUCGCCGAGCUCGAAGCAUGUCUGGCUAUGUUGGAGACGAAAACGCUAACAUGAACGUGUAUUCGACCUGGGAGAUUGUGUAUCUUGGCCUUGAGGCGAAGAAAACAGAGACUUCUAAAGAUGGUGUCGAAUUACUGAAAACUUUCUCUUUCUUCUAUUGGGAAGAUAUCGGGGUCGACAUACUCAUCGCUGCUGCUAAGAAUGGGAGGCGCGAGCAGGAGACGACGAAACCGAACGAAGAUAAGACAAAGACGCCAAGUCCACAGCAAGUCAGCAAGAAACCAUGGUCACUAUAUUUUCGUGAAAUCAUUAUCGACUGGGUCGAGAAUCUCCAAAAAGUGAGACCUAUACUGCCGGAUGUCCUUCGCGAUGACGACCAGACGUCUUUUGAUGAGGACAGGCUGCGAACAGCUCUGACCUUCCUUGUUCAGAUGGGCAUGCUCACUUACCACAGCGAUUCAGAUACUUAUUGGAUGCAUCCUCUGGUGCAUACUUGGGUUCGGGAAAGACCACAGACAAGCACUGGCGAGCAAGCCAUUUGGUGUCAAGCGGCUGCGACGACGUUGACAUCUUGUAUCUUCUUCAAACCGCCCCUUGAAUAUGCCACUUCAGACGAGAGACUGAAAAUCUCUAUCUUUCCUCAUAUUGAAAAUUUACGAAGAGCUCAGAACACUAUUCGCGAACGAAUACAGGAGAAUCAGAAGACCCGCAGACGAUCGUGGCUAAGUUCUUGGAUAGCUCCCCCAGUGAUCUCGAGUGGAAUGCAGCCUCUUGAAUGGGUUAAAUACAGUCUUGUCUAUAUGCAGGCUGGUAAGUGGGACGAAGCUGAAAAGCUUCAGCUUCCGGUAAAAGAGCUGGCCUGCCAAAGACUGGGACUGGACCAUCCGAGGAGCAUUGACAUCAUACAGCUCCUGUCUGUCACAUACGGACUUCAAGCACGCAACAAUAAGGCGGCAAUCCUUCUGAGACAAGCUCUGGACGCUUGCCAAAGGCUCUAUGGUCAUGACCACCCGAGAACUCUGAAGAUGACAGACAUUCUCGGAGCAACAUGCCUCUUGCAGAGUCGGCUCAGCGAGUCAAGAACGCUUCAUGAGCACGCUGUGAAAGGGAUGACCGAAGUCUUAGGUGCAGAGCAUGAAGAUACUCUGAUUGCCGUGGAUAAUCUUGGUAAAGUCAUGUCCAGAUACUUCUUUUGGGACAAAGCUAGGGAUCUUCAUCUAAGGGCAUUUCACGGAAUGAGAAAGACACUGGGUAGUACCCACUUGCAUACUCUCCAGGCUAUGGAACAUGUGGCUCUGUCACACAUGUAUCUUGGCGACCUUGAUCUGGCACAAGAAUUUGCCCAAGAGGUCCUCGAAAAAAGAGAGAAGAAAGUUGGCAAGGAGCAUCCAUACACACUGAUGGCCAAGUUGACCGUUGCAAGGGUCAAGAGCGCGCAAAAUGAGACUGAAGAAGCUGAAAGAAUUAUACGCACCAACCUCCCCGUUGGAGAGAGAAACCUUGGAGAUAACCACCUAGGAAUACUUCUGGCUCGUGUCUUUCUAUCUGAAGUCCUAUUUCGACAACAAAAAUAUAGCGAAGCAGAGCAGAUCCUCCUCAGUGUGGUACAGCGGCACCGCUAUGAAGGUUCCCGCCGAGAGGACGGAGAACAUGUCGAUCGAAUCCAGGCGUUAUGGUUCUUACUAAAAUGCUACCAAGCUCAAAACAAGAUCGAAGAUGCCAUCAAGAUUGGUGACGAGCUCUAUGAAUCGGUUCAUACCAUCGGUGGGGAGGGAUUUGGCCGCGGGCACGUGUUUGCCAAGCUCCUGGACCAGAAGCGCGAAGAGUUGCAGGCCCUGAAGUCUGGGUCCGAUCCAGCGCCGGUCCCGUACGAUCCCAUCUCUCCAAACAGUCAGAGUGCGGAAACCAUUCGAUCCAGCUCUCCAGUUCCAGUAACGAAGAGUCUCACUUUCUGAAGAAGAUUCAAAGGAGGGCUGGGUGUCCAUCAGGCAGCGUUGUCAAUGGGUAGGUCGGAUAUUUUUUGGCCCUGAACCAUCACAACCCGUACUAGAACGGAUCCGGAUGAACAGAUCUCCGUCACCAUCACCAUUCUAGACGGUUCUAGACCUAGAGAGAUAAAACCCAUUAAUAGUAUAUCCUUAACCAAGUCAAAGAUUUCUCAGUAGAAUCUCCAUACAAGCAAGACUUUCUGCCACCGGGAUCGAAUGACUUCGGAUAUUCUAUGGGUGGUUGAUACCAUCAUCUCAGACACUAUUGCCCCUUUUUCGGGCGCUGCUCACCUUUUCUGGCCGCUGCAGGAGAAAAAAUCGACUCAAUAUUACCACGUGACCGAGGGUCAUCAGCCCCAGCAGCCCCGCCACCUGCUGGGAGAUAGUGAUGAGUCCGCUUCGGGUUUAAACAUGAUCAUCUAUGCUGCAAG